AUGAGCUUGCUGCACAGCGAGGGCAGCUGCGGGGCCCGUGAGGCGGAGAGCGGCUGCUGCGCCGCCAUGGCCAGCGCCUGCAGCGCCGCCGCCAAGGAGGAGAGCUGCAGCGCCGGCAGCAGCGCCGGCAGCGCGCCCGCCUCCUUCUCCGACGAGACGCAGGGCUACGACGUGGAGUUCGACCCGCCCCUGGAAAGCAAAUACGAGUGCCCCAUCUGCUUGAUGGCUCUGCGGGAAGCGGUGCAGACGCCGUGUGGCCACCGUUUCUGCAAAGCGUGCAUUGUCAAAUCCAUCAGAGAUGCAGGUCACAAAUGUCCUGUGGACAAUGAAAUUCUGCUUGAAAAUCAACUCUUUCCUGACAACUUCGCCAAACGGGAAAUCCUUUCAUUAACAGUCAAAUGUCCCAACAAGGGCUGCAGCAUGAAGAUGGAGCUCAGGCACUUAGAGGAGCACCAGCUGCAGUGUGAUUUUUCCACUGUGGAAUGCCUGCAGUGCCAAGGAACCUUCCCGAAGAACCGACUGAAGGAGCACAUGACCCAAGAGUGUCCGAGGCGUCAAGUGUGUUGCCCAAACUGUGCCACGUCCAUGGCCUAUGAAGAUAAAGAGCUUCAUGACCAAACCUGUCCACUUGCCAAUAUAUAUUGUGAAUAUUGCAACACAGUGCUCAUCAGGGAGCAGAUGCCUAACCAUUAUAACAAUGAUUGUCCUACUGCCCCAGUGCCAUGUUUUUACAGUGCCUUUGGGUGUCCUGAAAAGAUGCAAAGGAAUGAACUGGCACGGCAUAUGCAGGAGUUCACUCAGGUUCACAUGAGGAUGAUGGCUCAGAGCUUUCAGAAUAUCAGUGUUACUGCUGCAAAUCCCGUGCCCUUCAUCAAUGGCCUACCCUUUGAGCCCCUCUUCUCACACAUGUCACAUGCUGCAUACAACUGCAAUCCAGAAGUUGAAAACUUCAAGGAAACUAUUCAGCAGUUGGAAGGUCGUCUGGUGAGACAAGAUCACCAAAUCAGGGAACUCAUUGCUAAAAUGGAGACUCAGAACACUCACGUGGCGGAACUCAAACGCACUAUACGAAAUUUGGAGGGAAAGAUUACCGAAAUGGAGGCACAACAAUGUAAUGGUAUUUAUAUCUGGAAGAUUGAGAACUUCAGUGAACAUCAGAAAGCUCAGGAAGAAGAGAGACCUGUAGUGCUGCACAGUCCUGGCUUCUAUACAGGGAAGCCUGGCUACAAGCUGUGCUUGCGCCUGCAUAUCCAGUUACCGACUGCUCAGCGCUGUGCUAAUUAUAUCUCUCUGUUUGUGCACACUAUGCAAGGAGAAUAUGACAGCCACCUGCCCUGGCCUUUCCAAGGCACCAUCCGACUUUCUAUUUUGGAUCAAUCAGAAGGCCCAGAAAGGCAGAACCACGAAGAGGUGAUGGAAACCAAGCCAGAGCUACUGGCCUUCCAGAGACCGACAAUCCACCGCAAUCCGAAAGGUUUUGGUUAUGUGACUUUCAUGCACCUGGAGACCUUGAAGCAGAGAAGCUUCAUCAAGGACGACACGGUGCUGGUGCGCUGCGAGGUGCUCACGCGCCUGGACUUGAGCAGUGUCCGCAGGGAAGGCUUCCAGGCCCGCACCACUGACGGGGCCAUGUAGCCUGCAAGGCUUAACCACGGCAACGGAGCCUUGCUCGUGUUUGUCCACAUGGAUCACUAAAGAGCUUCACUGUCCACAAAGGCUGGGUUUGUACAAGAUCAUAGUUGCCAGUGGAACUUUGUUGUUGCUGGUGUAUUUUUCUCUAUAUGGGCUCAUACGUUUAAAUAUUUGGUACGGUUCUCUCUUAAAAUAAUAAGCUACUUCUGUAGCAAGCUAAAUAAAUGAAGUGUUAAUCAAAACUUAACUGCCUACAGGAAAAUCCUAUUGCAGAACCUGUGCAUCUCAGCUUGGUAAAACUUUAGUCAUAUCGAAUAGACCUGUAAGUCUUUUCACCUCAGUGCCUUGGAAUAGAUGCUGUUGCAAGGAAGGAACAAAAUUAUUAAAGAUGAGGGAUUUUUUCGUUUUGUUUUGUU